AUGACCUCAGACGAGUUCAGUCCAUCCAGGACCCUGAACUUCACACGGAUGGGGCUCUGCGAGUCCCACUGCGCUGUGUCGCUUGCUCUCCCGGAUGGGUCAGUAGACCAGCCAUGUCAGCAAAUCCGAUACGCUUUGUUACAAAACCGGGAAAUUCCCGGUGAAAAUGAAAUCGUGCAAGUAACAGCAACUUUUGUGGAGAGUCAGGCGCCGGUGCGGCUGAGGGGCUGCGGCCACAGCUUCUGCCGGCCCUGCAUCGUCGCGUACUGCAAGGGGAGGCAGCGCGCCGGCUGCCCGCUCUGCCGGGACGGCUUCGAGCUGAAGGACCUGCGGCCCAACCGGGAGCUGGCCGCUUUGGUGAGCCUAAUCCCGCAGGAGGAAAAGGAAGAAGAGUUGGAAACACAGGAUGAACCGACCCCCUCCGGAGCUGUUGCCUGCAACGACCGGAGCGCGGCGGGGCAGCGACCUGGGGAGAAGGGGCGGCCGGAGGAAGAGAUAUGGGACAUCUCCAAGCAACUAGAAAUGCCUGCAGAGACCAUCCGCCUCUUGAGGAAAGAUCUCAGUGAAGCGAAGGAAUAUGCAUCUCGGAUCAAAAGCCAGAUUACUAAAGAUUUCUGUUGCAUGAAGGAAUAUGUUGAAAGACAGGAGAGAAACACACUGAUGUUCAUUACACAAGAGCAAAAAGCAGCUGAACAGAAAAUUGAAGAGACUAUUCACCAGCUCUGUAUCGAGGGGAACAAGGUCACAGACAUCAGAGCCCAAAUGAGUAACUUACCUGAGAGACAUAGGUACAAAGGCUCACCUUCAACAAUGAAUAAAAUUACACUUGAUGAGAAGCUUAAUGUUGUCAAAAGUGCUGUAGAAGAUCUUAAGAGAGAGUUGGAAAUUUUACUUUUGGAGAAGUACGCGCGGCAGUUCCCACCAGUGCAACCUCCAGACUUACAUCAGGAGACAAAGGUCUGCUCAUCAUCUCCAGAAUCUGCAGCUAAAAAUCCAGAAACAAUGAUUUCAAGCCAGUUUUCUCAGUGGGCAGAUGAUGUGACUUUUGAUCUCACAAGAGUAUAUGAGCGCUUAGCAAUCACAGCUCAGAACAGGAAAGUAAUGGUUUCCAGCUACCCAACUCAUUAUGAGCCAUCGCCCAACAGAUUCUGCAUCAGCCAAGUGAUGUGUUCGCAGAGCUUCUCUACUGGGUGCCACUACUGGGAAGUAAUUACUAAGGACAGUGACGGAUGGGCUGUUGGAGUUGCUCAUGAAAUGAUUGGUAAAAGGGACAAAUUAGGAAGAACGGAGCAUUCCUGGUGUAUAGAAUGGCUAGGUCCCAAAAAGCAGCUGUCAGCAUGGCACAGGAAUCAAGAAACGUUAUUGCACAAGGAUAAACCAUCGAAGGUUGGAGUUUUCCUGGAGCUACAAAAGAAGACCGUGUCAUUUUACUCCAUCACUGACAAAGAAAUGCUUUUGCAUACAUUUGAAAUCAAUACCUCAAAUCCUCUUUACCCUGCUUUCUGGCUAUAUAGUCUAGAAAGAAAUGGAUCUUUAACUAUAAGUCAUACAAACGGGAGGUAA